AUGUCACUCGCAACCAAUUUAAUGGGUUUUUCUCUCACGUUCUUUUCUCCCUUUUUUCUUCCAUUUCGUUUAUUUGUUUUUAUUACAAUUCUGUUUCUCUUUUUCUUUAGUCAUUCUUCUCUCUCUCUCUCUCCCUCUCUCUCUCUCUCUCCCUCUCUCUCUCUCUCUCUCUCUUCCUUCCUCGAAUCUCCCCACAUCUAUUUCUUACCCCAUUUACCCUUUUUUAAAAAAACUUCUCCUCAGACUUACCGCUUUUUCUUUUUAUAUCUUCUAGCUGCUCACAUGAUGAAUCAUUAUGAAAAUUAUACAAAUCCCCUAAUUACUAAUCUAUCUAUCUAUCUAUCUAUCUAUCUAUCUAUCUAUCUAUCUAUCUAUCUAUCUAUCUAUCUAUCUAUCUACAAGCCGCAUAUCCGAACAACAACCCCCUUCCGUUUGUUUAUUUUGGUCAAGCGAGGUCGGUCACGGAAGGCAUUUUCUACCGUCGUUAAAUAUAUCUGUCACUUGUGUUUGUUAAAGAGACGGGAGAAAAGACGCCACAUUUUCGGGUAG